CUCUCGUGCACCUAAUUUCAUACUCCAGUCAUCCACUCUGGCUCACACAUUUCUUCGCCAGGGGGGUCUCCCACGAAAGUCCCCCCCAAACAUUGGCGCAUACCUCAAAAGACGACUCUCUUUCACCCUUUCUGCUCAUUUUCUCUCUCACGCAACGCACUCCUUUUCCUCGUCGUGGUUUUGUUGUUUAUUUUUAUUCCGUCAUUAUUACGUUAUUAAUUUUCGCUCACACCGCCGCCGCCUUCUUCGUUCGCUGCUCCAGUCAACAAGCGGUGGGCUUUCGUCCGCGUCUCGGAGCCUACUCUGCUUUUGCUCAAAUUGCAACAUCAGAGCAACCCAUCGGCGCGCGGAACGAUCGCUGGCAGGCAACUACGAUGGCGCGAGAGUGGAUGUGUGGAGUGUCGCGCGCGCGAGUCUAGCUUUGAGUUUUAAUUUUUCUCCAGCUGGCGAUCAGUUUUUCUCAGACAUCAGUGCAUAUCAGUAGACCGCUCAAGACGGACAUACACCCCGGAGUGCCAACUUGGACUUGGACAUUUUUUUGUGCUCGCAAGGACCUGUGUCUCGUGAAGCUCUGUUCGACUUUUACCUCUGUGCGCGUUCUGUUCUUAGAAGUGUCAGGAACCGUUUCGACGCGUGCGUGUUUAGUGAAGACGACUUUUGUGCAAGCUGAAAUUGUACGGAUUAGUUGAAAUUCUUGUGUGUUUGUGCUUUUGGAAGGGUUUUUCAUUUGACGAGUGACAGAGAGUGCCAAUUCGAAAGCUAGAUUGCCCCAAACUCAAUAGUGGUAUUUUUCACCAGCGCCUACUGGGACACUGAAAAAUAAUUCCAACUUUAUUGAACGCUUAAUUAACCCACAAAACCCUAAACAAAUGAGUAGAGUGUGGUACUUUGUUCAACUGUUUUGAAAUGCGAAGCAAAGUAGUUUUGGAAGCAAAAGUGCGUACCGACCCUGGAAAACAAACUCGUUUCUCGUGAAAACGAAAACUUUUGACAAAAUUUCCUCAAAAAUUUCUCUUGCUGAUUAAGCGCAAGAUGAGCGUUAGCCAGAGGAGCAGUCACAACCGACGAGGCUAAUGUCUGUGUUUUGUACGCCAAAAGUUCUUGCAAACGCGCAAACGUAACCAGGACGGAAGUCACUCAAGAGUGAGAAGAAGAGAGAAGAAAAAAGAAGAUCAGAUCAGAGAGAUUGGGACAGAGAUCGAACGGAAGCAGACGCAACAGGUUCGUCACCUGUGUUUGGCCCCCGGAAGUAGGCCAGACGAGUGUGAGGGCAGAGCAGAAUCCACCCACCAAACAAGCGGGCGCUGUAUGUAAGCAGGAGUGAGAAAAACGCCACAUGCGCGUAUUCACCAUGAUGUCUAAGGCAUCCAGACCACUGUUGCUGCUUGGCCUCUGGCUACUACUGGGCUACACGGCAGCCCAAUCGUCGCAGUCCACCGGCAAUGGCACCGUCACAAUCACCUCCCCAAUCUCCACCUCUACCUCCUCCUUCUCGUUCGCCGAGUCCAGCCCAGCAGAACCCAAACUCAGGUUUCUAAGGCCCACCUACACGCGGACAGAGCUGAAAGUCUCCCGAAGUCUCGAGCCCGAAAACGUUCAGAAACUGAACGUCCGGUCCAACAAUGGCCGAAUGGUGGAAAUUAUCGUUAAGAAACGGGACGACAAAAGUCCUCACUCUCGAGGCGUUCCCAUGCCACAUAGUUCAAGACCCGCCUCCUCUGAUGGCUACCGAAUCGCAGGCGAUAGCUCGCCCGAAUCGAUCGACAUUAUCAACGCCUUCUUGGAUCACGUUAACCGGAUAGAGAGGCCGGCACGGUAUUACGAGGAUGAAAGCUCAAUCAAAAACGAUCGUCGACCAGUGAGAAUCGCCGUAAACAGUCGACCUGUUGAUGAGAUGUUAGUUCCAGCACCGGUAGUCAUCAGCUCAGAUGCGAUUUAUAUGAAAGACAAUCCAUUCGCUAAAACCAAAAAGAAGGCUCGGGCAUUGCAAGAGAUCGGAGAAGAUGGCAUUCCGGUUGUUCAUGGCAUACGCGUUCCCGAUGAUGAGGAAGACAAAAGGAAGACCUGGCGUAACGCCAGAGUGAUCAAUGGCGAAUUAGUCCCAUAUGAGAAGGGGCACGUUCCGAAGAAGAUGGAAGGAACUGCAGAUAACUAUGGGCAGCUAGUCUUUGCCAAGCCAAUCACCAACAGUGAACAAUCGAGUCGCAGAAGAAGCAUCGGGCCAUUUACGACUGCUGAUAAUUUUCCAGUCAAUGAACAGCAAUCGAAAAGUUUUGGACCAUUUAGCGUGGAGGACAACUUGCGAUCGAGUGUCCGUGUUAACAACGAUGAACCAGCCAGAGCACCGGUAAGCAUAGGUCCAUUCUCAAGAGCUGAUAAUGCUCGCGUUUCGAAUGCCAAGUUAAUCGAAUACAUCAAAAAGAUCAAUGAUCAAGAAAGUAGAAAGCAUUACUAUGCAGCUCGCGUGCCAAACAAGGAAAUUUUCGCCGAACAGCCAAAGAUCCAGAGGCGAAUGCUUCAGAACCCAGGUAAUCCGGUUUAUCCGGUGUCGAAAAUGUAUGCCAUCCCUGGAUCGAGUCAGCUUCAAGGUGAGGUGGAAGACGAUAGGAAACCGGUGCUGCAAUAUGCGCAUCCCGAGUUGGGAGUGCAGCCGGCGAAAUUCGUUCCACCGGAGAGCAAACAACCAAAGGCCACGAAGAAGGUGAUCAAUAUUGAAUACAGUAAGCACAAUGACCAUUCACCAUUUGCCAUAGAACCUGCUAUGUUGGGUAAGGAUUACUACAAUGCUCCUCCGCCGAUGAUGAAAUUCGCGCCAAAGAGUCCAUACGAAGAAGUGCAUCAACCGGUGAAGAUCCCCGCCACUUAUCCGUAUAACUAUGGCUUCAUAAGGCGUGUUAAGCCCGAGAGGCCGUUCUGGGUAAAGAUCAGUGAACAGGUCAAAGAUGGUUUUCAAACGGGGAUUUCCUCGGUGCAUGAAUUUGCCAAGCCUGUAUUGGACCCAUUGGUGGAAGCUGGACAAAAGAUCUCGAAGAACCUGGGAUUUGUGAAGAAGUCGAGCGAAGCUAAGGACAAGGCUGAUCUGGUGGUUGCCCCAGCGGCAAAUUCAAUUAUGUUGCCAGCUCUAGGAAUGUUGGCCGGAGGUGCAGCGUUGGGGAUGGGAGCCCUUGCCGUUGGACGAUUCUUCGAUAUGGAUCUGCUGAGGAGAUCUGGCGAACAGUUGGUCAUGGAGCUGGACGAGCUGGAGCAUAAGCGAGCAUUGGAAGGCAUUGAGACUCAUCCGGAUAAGUACUAUCUGGUUGUUCCGACGACCGCCAUUACUCGGUUGGAACCAGUUCAAGAGCACGAAGAGCGCUACAAGCGCUCGAAAAGAUCAGUGAACAUGUACCGUCUGGAAGAUGAUGCUGUUCAGGAUAAUGAUAUCUAUCGAAAUGACAAAUUUGACGAUCAGGGUGAUGUGAUUGAGAUAAUUGACAUGAAAUCGCAGGAUCACAGCGGGGAACUGCGCGACGACAGUUAUGAUGACGUUGAUGACGAUAACGAUGACAGUAUUCAGUCGAUCGGAGGUGACUUGCGCAACCGAAGGAGAAAGCGUGCCAUCGGAGCGUACGACGAAAGCUUCGCCCAAGCACUGCAAGAUGUAGAAAAGGACGUGCCGAGGCCUUCGAGAGACGGGUUCGAACAGCAGCUGAAGCAAACCAAUUGGAAGAAUCCUUCCUGUGCCAAGCGAACCUUCUGCCUCGUCAUGGUUCAGCAAGGCGCCGAUGACGUGGUAUUGAUGGAGAAGAAGAUGUACACCAUGCUGGAAAUGAUGCAUCCAACCUUGGGAGCAAGUCUUACUAGCCACUUGUCCGAGGUAACCGAUGCCAUCAGGCAGCAUGACUGUGCCCGAUUCGUGUGUCUUCAGCGAGCGUAGAUUCAAUGGAAGCAAACAUCUACCCCAUCGGAAAAAAAAGCAUCAGGAUCUGGCGGUUUAAAAGAUUUUAUAUUAAAAUUGCGUUUAUUCAGCAUCAAAACAUGGAAUAGUACGACUACGUUACCCACCAAAAUGGUGACAAGGAUUUCAGAGCUAAAUCAGUCAGCAAUACACGACCAAGUACUGUCGAACGGAUGAAAGGAUAGACCCGAUAUAGCCCAAGACCUGACCUCACGCAAAACGUUUGGAAACACAUUCAUAAACUCGAACCGUAUUUUGAAAUGCCAAAGGAAGAUAGGGAAGCACACGAUACGAGAGCAGGUUUAGAAACAACGAAACAUUUAGACGCAGUAUCGUUUGUAUUUAGUGCCUUUAGAGUGAAGAGAUAUGCCACAGGAGGAGGACGUAAAACCACGUAACAAAUCUAGAGCGAACUGCGAAACCUUUUCGCAACCAUACCCAAUGAAUAUUCACUAGUAUCCGAUGCAGCCGCAAACACGGAUCACAACGAACACGUAACGAACGAUUAAAUUAUUAAACCCUAACUUAUUGAACGAGAUCAGCGCGGCGACCUUUUACAGAAUGUGACAAAAUGGGAAAUCUCGCAUAUUUAUUAUGGUUUUAUUUAAAUUAAUUUGAGUGGUUAUUUAAUUCGUAAUAAUUUAUUCGCGUGUAGACUGGAGGACCAUUAUUAUUCGAGAAGAAAAACGUAACAAAAAUUUCGCACUGUCAUCAGGUUCAUAGGAGACGAAGAUGCACAUUUUGUCACGACAUUGACUGGGAAAGAAAAUGCAAGACUUGAUAAUCGCAAUCCAUCACUCUGACACAAACUGACAAAUACAUUCAAUGUUAAGUAGUUUUACUGAUCGACAAUAUGUAUAAGAUUUGUUGUAAACAAUAGAGAGAUAGGUUAAUUACUAUUUAGUCUUGUUUAAAACAGAACGAAUGAGCUUACUGUUGUGAUCAAUUGAAGCGGGAAACUCAGUAGGCGCAACUGGAUGAAGAAUGAAAUGGUAAAUAACAA